AUGAAGGGCAGAACUGUGUUCUGGUACUUCUGGAUCUUUGGGCUUAUCAAUAACGUGCUUUACGUUGUAAUUAUAUCGGCCGCAGCCGAUAUAGUGGGACCCAAUCUCCCGAAAUCUUUAGUCCUUUUGGUCGAUAUCUUGCCCUCUUUUAUCGUCAAAUGCUCUGCUCCGUUCUUUAUACAUCGCAUUUCAUAUCGACAACGGAUUUGGGUGCUGGUUUUGUUGAGCGUAGGUGGCAUGAUCAUGGUUUCCAUGCGACGACUCGCAGUGUGUCAAAUGGGUAUUAUUCUGGCGUCUUUUUCUUCCGGGCUUGGUGAGGUAACGUUCUUGCAACUGGCCCAUUACUACGAGCACGUGAGUCUCAAUGGCUGGAGUUCCGGGACAGGAGGUGCAGGUCUUGUUGGGAGCAGUGUUUACAUGCUUUUAACCUCCAUAUUCAAAUUACCCAUCGGACUCUCACUGCUGGUAUUCAGUGUCUUACCCUUUGGAUUUUUGUUGUUUUUCAGGCUGGAUCAAAACUAUGCCUAUGAGACCAUUGUCGACACGGAAGACUCGGUGCCAGAAGCUGCCCCGGAGGUCUCGGAUCCUGUUCGCAGCAGUACCAUAUUCCUAGCACAUUUUUUACAAACAGUACGGGAAGUCAAACCUGUGGUACAACCCUACAUGUUACCACUUUCAUCCGUUUACUUCUUCGAAUACCUUAUCAAUCAAGGUGUAUCUCCGACCUUGUUAUUCCCGCUUGAUGACAAACAUUCAUACCCAUUUUUCUUCCACAAGUACAGAGACAUUUAUGUCACUUAUGGUACUCUGUACCAAUUGGGUGUCUUCAUUUCCAGAUCGAGCGCUCAUUACAUCAGAUUGAAAAAGCUUUACCUUCUGAGUAUCCUCCAAGGCGUUAACCUUAUCUUCUGUUUAUUGCAAUCCUGGAAUUACAUGUUCGAUUCUGUCUGGAUCAUAAUGCUUUUGGUCGUUUAUGAGGGUCUCCUGGGAGGAGCGUCAUACGUCAAUACUUUUACCAACAUCAUCGAAGAGAUCGAGCCCAGCAAGCGAGAAUUUUCGCUGGGUGCCGUGUCAAUGUCCGACUCCUUCGGGACUUUACUAGCAGCAUUUUCCGGCAUCUUACUCGAACCUCGACUAUGCGCACAUCAAGUAACGUCAGGACGACCUUGGUGUGAGCUCGAGUGA